GUUUAGCGUUUAGAGAUUACUGUAAAUAAUUGUGAGUUAAUCCAUUAUUGCACCCAUUAUUUAUUUCCUGACAGAACGUAUUGUAUAGUUGUAUCGUUUAAGUUAAUUUUUACUCGAUUACGAAGGCUAUUUAAUUAAAAGUUUUAGCGAUUUUUUUGUUUCAUUGUUUUAUAUGCAUAUUUCAUUUUCUUCUGCAAGUAUUCGAGAAAUUUUUGUUUCAUUACAUUUCAUUUCUUUGUUACCUAAACAUGGUUACAUGUAAAGACUCCCUAUGGAGACAAAUAAAAAGGAACUUUUAUCGCACGAAGUGCGAGCUGAAUGGUUUUUGACAUCCUUUUUAUGAUGGUAAAAUGACUUUUAAUGGUAAAAUGACCAUUUGCGAAAUGCAAAUGGUUUUGCAUCCUUUGGAAAGAUCUUAUUGAUUUUUUUGAUUACUUUUAAAGAGAUUUUCUCGAAACAGAAUUCUAUAUAUAAGUAAUAUGAACUUAUUCAUCUUGUUUCAUUGCAGUUUUUCAAUCUCCUUCUAUUUUAUGCUUCUUUCGUCAGAGUUUGCAAACAGGCAUACUGUUUCAAAGGAGAGUCAAUAAAAUGAGUGCAAUUAAAACGUAACUUUGCGAUGUUCCGACGGGUCGUAUUCAGAAUUAUUAAAAACUUUAGAAAAAUCAUGCUUCCAAUCAAACUUUUCCAAGAAUGUUGCAUUGAAAAGUAAGUUUCUAAUUGCUUUCUCUAAAGUUUCGAAUACUGAUUGACACUUGUAAGCUCGAACUUUGCCGCAAUUUCUUCGAUCAUUAUCAUUACAAAGUUGAGAUACUUUCAUUAUUCGAAGUUUGCUUGAAAGAUAAUUCGAGAAGCUUGCCACCUGCGAGGCAACGUGUGACGAAAGACUCGAUGAAUUAUUUAUUAUUAUCUCGAUCCUCCUCAGUCGAGAAAAACUAACGAGUUAAUGAUUUAUCGCAAGAAAUUCUAUAGUCACGGAAAUGGAAUUAAUUACAGUGGUGGAUUAACUUUUGACUGCUUCGUUAGGUAAUUCAUUUAUCUUGGACAGUCAAGCUCCACACUGCCACUAAUGACGAAACUGUGUUACAGCAAAGUGAGCGGAACUGGCUCAUUGAUAUUCCAUUCUUCUCACAAUCAGUUGAAUGGCAAGUCAUAUCAAAGAAUUUUUACCUUUAGUUCCGAUACAAACAGAUGAACGAGAUCGUAAACGAACCACUUCUCGGUUCGAGUUGUCAAAAUGAAAAGUGUAACCUAAGUCAUUCUACCAUCAUAAAAAGGAUGUCAAAAACAAUAUCUCGAGAACGUAAAAAUGAUGGUGGUGGUUCUUUUAAAUUAUGCCUCGGAAUUGAUCGCUUUUAUAGUGAUUGAGUAUUUCACUUCUACAUAUCAAUGUCUUCUUCGACCGAUAUUCGCGCAAUUAAAUGGAGAGAAAUCAUUGCAAUGGACGCAACGUUUUCAUAUCAUUUAAAAGUUUCUCCCGUAGACUGAAUAAGGACAAAAACGAGGAAACGCAAUGCUCUAUAAUGUCGAUACACUGUGAGAAGACGCCAAAGUUCUUCUGUUACAUAUUCAUUCUUGGUACGGUGAUUUUGAUCCUGGACUCUCAUGUACCGGCAGUGCACAACCGUGUAAGACCCGAGGUGGAUCAUCUGCUGCUUUGCCGUUUUUACCAGCUACAUUUGCCGCAACAAGCGAUCCAGAUCUCUCGGCAUCAUCGUCCAGAAAAUACGGAACGUAUGUUACAGCAAGCCUUGACCCGUGAACCGAGAAAAUAUGUGCUACAUUUCUUGCUCGCUGAUGGGUCCAAUGAAAUUUCGAAAAUCUUUCCCGAAUAACCACGAAGACGGAGGACUGCAGCCAUCGUUGCAGAGAUUCUUUUAUAACGAGGAUAUUAUGCAAAUGAAUGCAAAUCAGAGUUAGAGGGAGGGAAGCAGAUUUGCGAAUGAUUACUUCGCAAAAUAGGAAUUCCGCAGAUGGGAAUCGAAAGUUUUCAAUUGAACUGCGUGAUUUAGGAGGGCUUUUACUCGACGAGGAGAAAUAAGGCUUUAAUAGCGAUGAUUCUGGAGCUCAUAACGGCGUCAUACUUGAAUUUUUCUUCUAAUAAGAUCAAGUAACGUCAGAUUUUUACCGCAAAAUCAUUUAAAAAUGAUUUUAUGCAACGGUCUACUCGUUGAAUCUUCAGGAUACGUAUGGGAGAAAUAAAAUGUAAAUCCCAGAGGAAUCCAAUUCUUAGCACCCAAGUAAGAAUUAAGGUACGUCAUGAUUUACCGUCCCCUUGGAAAGUUCAAUUUGCCAUGAUAUUAAAACCUCGUUUAAUUUAAGUUGGCCCCAGAUGCAAAUACAUUUAGAACACUAUCUCGAGUGGUACAUCUCCAGCGAAACUAAUGUGGCUGUUUCACGCUAUCUUUUUAAUGCAAUCACCCACGUAUCUGAUACAUUUUGUAAUUAAAUUUAUAUUAUUAAUAAAUACUCCGAGAAACACGAUUUUAUUGGUUCAGUUAGGAAGAGUUUGGAGGGGUUAAAGUCGAGGGUUGGAUGCGUAGUGGAUGGGCGCGUGGUGCGAAGGUGGAAUAGCAGACCCACUCGAGAGACAUCACUUGUCUACGGUCUGCGAACCAGUGCACUUUUAAUACAACCCAUUCAUACCAUCCCUGGAGUCGUUGCGAUAACGUGACACUUCUGUCAAUAAUUUGACUUCUUCGAAACGUCAUCAAUUACACGAGAACAUUAACGAAUAUAUCAUGAAGAAAAGAAAGUUCCACGAGGUGGAAUGUUUCGUGUGACAUGUUAAUAAGAAUUGAUAGUGGUGGGUCUAUAGAGCCCAAAGUGGAAUCGUGAAAUACAUAUAAGUAUCAAGUGUAAAAACCUGACUAUAAUUUUUUAAGUAUUAUUAGACAAUUAAAUUAGGAAAUAAAAAAUGCUUGCUUUAUUUUCAAAGUGAGAACGAACACUUGUGUGCCACAA